AUGUCGUCCACAGUUGGAGAGCGCGGUCGUCCAGAUUCUGAGGUGAUACAAGUGCAGGGUGUCCCAAAGGCCACCGGCAAAGACACUUCAGAGAAACAUGUGGAUCAUGUGGAUCACGUCCCCGAGGUCGCUGGCAACCUCGUGUACGACGAGAAUGACGAAGAACCACAGUUGCACUUCCGGACUUACUUUGCCUUGCUGGCCAUGUUCCUAUUGAAUUUGGUCCAGACGUUCGCCCUUCAAGGUCCUCCUGCAGUGCUAUCUUUUAUCGGAAAAGAUCUUGGGAAUACGACAGCAGAGACAUGGAUUCCCAAUGCUCUUGCACUUGUUCAAGCAGUCAUUGCUCCCGUCAUCUGCUCCGCAUCGGACACAUUCCAGGCUCGAAAGCUACUGCUCGUCGGCCUUCCUGUGAUUUCUUGCAUUGGCGCAGCCAUUGCCCCCGGCGCUGGCAACGUAUACCGGCUGAUCGGUGCUCAAAUCAUGAUCGGAUUUGGGUUUUCUACCACUCCACUGGCAUAUUGUGUUCCGAGCGAGAUACUACCCCGGAGAUGGCGGCCUAUGGCCCAAGCUGGAGUGAACGUCGCCGCUGCCUUGGGUGCUGCGAUCGCACCACUGAUCAUCGGCGCUUUGACGAGAAGGAAUGCACAUACUGGUUGGCGUUACUUUUAUUGGAUUCAAAUGGCGCUAUGGGGCUCAGCUGCAAUUCUUACUUUCCUCGGGUACCAGCCACCCCGAAGGCAUACUCGUUAUGACCACCUUUCCUUGCCACAGAAAGUUGGCCGGCUCGAUCUCCCUGGUAUCGGACUCCUCACAGCUGGCUUGACAUUGCUACUCACAGGUAUCAACCUUGGAGGAGGACUAUACACAUGGACCGACGCCCAAGUCUUGGGAACAAUGACUACUGGCAUCGUUGUCCUUAUCGCCUUCGGUGUAUAUGAAUGGAAGCUCACCAAGACUGGAAUUCUCAAUCACGAAUUAUUUCGAGGCGGCAAAGAUAGAGGCAGGACAUUUGCGCUAUGCCUGUUCCUCGUGUUCAUCGAAGGUCUUCUGCUAUUUGCAUAUGCGAUAUUUUAUCCAGUCUUGACUACUUCCCUCUUUGAAGCGGACCCCUUUUUGUCUACUGCGAGAGGACAGCCAUUCUGGAUUGUAGGCGGAUUAAGCACAAUCAUUUAUGGCUAUGCGAGCACCAAGAUGAGAACUAUCAGAUCUCCUCUGUUUGUUGGAUUCCUUCUUCUGACAGCUGGAAUUGUUGGAUUCGCGACAAUCCAGCCGGGCGACUCAAUCAGCGCUAUGGCUUUUGCUGGCCUGUCCGGCUUGGGUUUCGGAAGUCCGCUUAUCCUUGUUAUCGCCGGUGUCCAUCUCUCGACGCCUCACGAGUUUAUCGCGACAGCAACUGCGAUUACUACAAGUUCCCGGGCAGUGGCAACUACUGUGUUCACCGCAAUCUACGCAGCGGCCUUCACUACGCGCCUGGAAGAGCGCCUUCCAAAUUACGUCGGCGCUGCAGCCCUCCAAGCUGGGCUACCUCAGUCUUCACUUCGAGAGUUCGUCCAGGCUCUCGCAGCUAAUCAAGAUUCUCUCCUGCAGAAUAUUCCAGGAGUCAAUCCAGCAAUCAUCCAGGCAGGUGUCGUUGCGCUGAGGCAAGCUUUUGCCGAUUCCAUCAGGGUUGUCUUCAUGAUUGCAGCACCUUUUGGUGUACUGGCAUGUAUCACAUGUUUCUUCAUCGCUGAUUUAAAGUCAACUAUGGACUAUCAUGUGGAUGCUCCAGUGGAGGCACUCCAUGCCAAGCAUCGUCAUCAUGCGGGGGAAAAACAAGAAGCAUGA